AAACCCAUUUUCACGUCUCUCCACAUCGUCUCCAUUUACUUCCUUCUCUUCAGAGACAAGCUCUCUCUCUCUGUCUCCACCGCAAAUCUCUCUCUCUCUCUACUCCGCCGUUCUCAGAUCCAGGUGAUCUGAGCCCGUCGACACGGUCGCCGCCGUUCCGUUCCGAUCUCGGUAGCGAUCAGUGAGAGAUGGAGAAUCUAAUCUCUCUGGUGAACAAAAUCCAGAGGGCUUGCACGGCUCUCGGCGACCACGGCGAAGCCAGCGCGUUGCCCACUCUCUGGGACUCUCUCCCGGCGAUCGCCGUCGUUGGUGGCCAGAGUUCAGGAAAAUCCUCUGUGUUGGAGAGUGUUGUCGGCAAGGACUUUUUACCUCGUGGGUCUGGAAUUGUUACACGGCGUCCUCUUGUGUUGCAACUUCAUAAGAUUUCUGAAGGCAGCAGAGAAUAUGCGGAGUUUCUCCAUCUCCCAAGAAAAAGAUUUACUGAUUUUGCUGCUGUGAGGAAGGAGAUUCAAGAUGAAACGGACAGAGAAACAGGCCGCAGCAAACAAAUCUCUAGUGUUCCAAUUCAUCUUAGCAUCUAUUCUCCCAACGUUGUCAACUUGACCCUUAUUGAUCUUCCCGGGCUUACAAAAGUGGCAGUUGAGGGUCAACCAGACAGUAUUGUGCAAGACAUUGAAAAUAUGGUUCGUUCCUAUAUUGAGAAGCCGAACUGCAUUAUUCUGGCAAUUUCACCUGCCAAUCAAGAUCUUGCCACGUCUGAUGCAAUUAAAAUUUCUCGUGAAGUAGAUCCUACAGGGGAGAGGACGUUAGGUGUAUUGACAAAGAUUGAUCUUAUGGAUAAGGGUACUGAUGCAGUUGAAAUUUUGGAAGGAAAGUCCUAUAGGCUCAAAUUCCCUUGGGUUGGAGUGGUCAAUCGCUCACAACAAGAUAUUAACAAGAAUGUUGACAUGAUUGCUGCUCGGCGCAGAGAGCGCGAGUAUUUUGCUAAUACACCAGAAUACAAACACCUUGCUCACCGAAUGGGGUCUGAGCAUUUAGCAAAAAUGCUUUCUAAGCAUUUGGAAAAUGUAAUCAAGUCCAAAAUUCCGGGUAUUCAGUCCCUUAUUAGCAAGACGAUAUCUGAACUUGAAACUGAACUAUCUCGUCUGGGCAAGCCUAUUGCUGCUGAUGCUGGAGGAAAGCUAUAUUCUAUCAUGGAGAUCUGUCGAAUCUUUGAUUCAAUAUACAAAGAGCAUCUUGAUGGCGUGCGUCCUGGGGGUGAUAAAAUCUACAAUGUAUUUGAUAACCAGCUUCCUGCUGCUCUAAAAAGACUGCAAUUUGACAAGCAACUCUCAAUGGAAAAUAUACGGAAGCUCAUUACCGAAGCUGAUGGAUAUCAACCUCAUUUGAUAGCUCCUGAGCAAGGAUACCGUAGACUUAUUGAAUCUACAUUAGUUACUAUUAGAGGUCCUGCUGAGGCAGCUGUUGAUGCGGCCCAUGCCAUAUUGAAGGAUCUAGUUCACAAGGCUAUCAAUGAGACUGUGGAGUUGAAGCAGUAUCCCGGUCUUAGAGUGGAGGUGGCAAAUGCGGCUAUCGAGUCGCUUGACAGAAUGAAGGAAGAAAGCAAGAAAGCAACUCUUAAGCUCGUUGACAUGGAGUGUAGUUACCUUACUGUUGACUUCUUCCGCAAGCUUCCUCAAGAUGUUGAAAAGGGUGGCAACCCAUCACAUUCAAUUUUUGAUAGAUACAACGACUCGUACCUCAGGCGAAUUGGAACAAAUGUUUUGUCUUAUGUCAAUAUGGUUUGUGCAAGCCUCCGAAACUCCAUUCCCAAGUCUGUCGUCUAUUGUCAAGUCCGAGAGGCAAAACGAAGCUUACUUGACCAUUUCUUCACCGAUUUGGGUAAAAUGGAGCAAAAGCGGUUGUCCUCGUUGUUGAAUGAGGAUCCGGCGGUCAUGGAGCGACGUACCGCCCUGGCAAAGAGGCUGGAACUAUACAGGAGUGCUCAAGUGGAGAUUGAUUCAGUUGCUUGGGCUAAAUAGAUCUGAUCUGCAAUAGGUAUCUGGAAAAUGACUACUAGAUCAUGGAGGCACGAUUUAUUAUUCAUUGGCGUCCUUGCGAGGAAAAAGGGGUUUUCGUCCUUGGAUUUUAUGCACUUGAUAUAGAAUUGGUAAAAGAGAGUGUCAUCGUUUACCAGGUGACAUUAUUCAUCGUUAUGAAAUGCUUAUGUACUUUAAAAUUAUAUACGGAUGUAUCUUUUUUUUUUAAUUAUUUUUUUUUACCUUUCGUGAUUGUAUGAAUGCAUGUAGUAUAAGUUUUAUUCUUGUUUGAUCAACGCUUUUGCUUUAUCGGUGAACGGAAACCAAAACUACCCAGGAAAAAAAAAAAAGUGGCGAACAUU